AUGCAAAAAAAGAAAGAGAAAGACAAACAAGUAACAGAGCAGAAGGUGGACUUCCCAGAACCCCUGGUAAAGGCUCACCAAGCUGCAUAUGCCUUUUUGAAUCCGAGUAUAAACAAAUAUGACGAUCUGCUUGGACUUCUGGAACAAGCAACCCACACACAGGUUUCCGUGCAGCCUAUGGUUGCUUUUAUGGCUCUACGCUAUGAGGAAAUAAUUCAAGGACUUGAAGAGAUGGUGGAUGAGGGAGAAAAAGUUUUGAAAGAGAAUGGAGAACAUCUUGCUUGGCCAAGUCAAAUAAAGAAUCUUUCAUCCUCUCCUCCUACGAAGUCUGGCUCUGCAAACAUUGAGUCCCCACCAGAUUUGUUGCAGCAGCUGCUUCAGUAUACCACACAGAGAAUGCGAAAUGUGAGCCAGACGGUUGGUGGAAUUGGUGAUUCUGCUUUGGUGGAAGCAGUGGAGUAUUUUGCCUCUGUGUCAGAGCUUUUGGAGGAGAAACUCAAAGUCAAACGUGCAGUAGAGAGCAGGCUAAUGAGACUCUUAUCUCGCAUUGAAAUGGCGUCUCUGCACAAGCCUCGUCCAGAGGACUCUGCACUCUUCAGUGAGGACAGUGGUAUUGGGGCUGAGAAUGAAUCCCUUACUGGAUCUGAAAGACGCUUCAGAAGAGAGAGUUGUGGAUCCACUGGGACAAACAGAACCACUCCGGUCAGCUCCAUGGAGUACUCCUCCAUGAACGUCAGACAAGUGUCAAGGCAAAAGCCUACAAGGAAAAUAAGUCCAAGUGUUUCUCUGACUUCCCUAAACUCGUUAAGCUCUAUGAGUACCAUGAUGGCCAAUAACCAGAGAGACUCAGUGCUGGGUUCAGUUUCCUUUGAUGAUGCUGAGGAUGAUGACAUUAAUGAUGAAGAAGAAACUGAUAAAGACAGGGGAGAGCAAGUUGGUUUUAGAAAGCGGUCAAAUUUUUCCCCUUUAAAUCGAGACCAACAGAGCCCACGUCGCUUACCACCAAAACGUAUAGAGAAUCCUGAAAAUGUAGAAAUGACACUCAAAAUGAAAAAUGCUAUAAGUGGUAAGAUACAGUUUGUCCCGUCGCAGAACAACUGCUCCAAAACAAAGGUAGUUUUCAGUCCUAGAACUACUAGACGCCAGUGGACAGACGAGAAGGAACAAUCCCCAAAAAGGCCUCAAACAUCUGCACCAGUCCGGAGGGCUGUGGUGAAAAAGACUGUGGUGACCAAAGAGCAGCGAUCCCGGUCGGCAGAAUCCAUACGGAGUAAAGGUGAAGAUCCUACUCUGCUUGAGUUAGCUAGGACCCAGAAAGACUUAAACCAGCGGCUGCAGAAGAUGAAUAAAAGCAAGGCAAGUGGAAACAUCAGGACUGCUCCAUUGAAACAAAAUCAAGGUGCCUCACCUGCACAAUCUCCUGCAAUACGUCGCAAACAUCCCCCAGUAGAGAAAAAAGUCAGUAACCAAUCACUUAAAGACCAAUUAGGCCUUACAAGGUGCAACAGUGAUAGACAAGAGGCAACCAGUGAUGAAGAAGAACAUAAAGCAAAGGACAUGGGAAUGUCCAGGGGUCCCAUAAAAGUAACACCACCCCCUAGCCCUCCGCCAUCACCACGACCAUCUUCAGGCCUUCACAGAGGCAGAAACUCUGUCAAAAAACUGAUCGAUACCUUCAGUCAAGGAAGAGAGGAAAUAGACAGCCCCAACGUUCUUGGGCCUCUCAAAGGAGUGCGUAAGUGUGGCGUUCCUGUGAUGCCUGGUUUAGGAAAUGUUGAAGCUGUGCUGAGCACUGGGAUAACCAGCUGUAGACCUGAAUUUACUUUAUCGGAGAAAAACGAUGACUUUGAUCCAGAUAGUCUUCCUCCACCACCACUGGAAGUUUUGAUGGACAAUUCCUUUGAAAGUGCCCAGUGUCUUUCAGCUGGUGUAGCAGAUGAAGGGUCUGCAAAGGCCAGGAAAUCACCUUUAUUGAAAAGGACUGCAGUUUCACAACGAUUAAGGGCUUCAGUUCAAACAGUGACGGUGCUGCCCAGUAGAGGAGGCCUGCCUCAAGCUUCCAAGGUCAGCUCCCUUGAUAAAGCAGAUCAAAAAGACACAUCUGCUCCAUCAAAGGUCAGCCAACCAGAUGCUCAUCUGGAGGCGGAAAGAGAAAAGGAUUCAUUAUACCAGCAAGCCAGAAAGAUCAUACGCCAAAGACACUCUUCAGACUCAGAGAGAAUGUCAACAAGUCAUGUAGCAGUAAAUCCAGCUGACAUUCAAGAAGAGAAACGACAUGGUGGCAUCCUAUCAGUGCCUGGACCUCAUACUACAGUGCCUCCCUCUCCAGUAGUCAGAAGCCAACCAACUGCCACCCCACCUUUGUCUAGGGGUCGAAUAUUACCGUCCACACCAUCGACACCAAGCAGUCUAAAUCGAAGGCUUAACAGUCCCAGCAACUUCAAGAGGCAGCCUACUCCCCCUUCUUCAACUAGCCCCCCUCUUAACAGGAAACUCCCCACACCACCAGCGAUUCAGAGGAGGCUCCCAAGCCCAUCUGCUGCAAAGCAGAACAAUUCAUCCAUUUCCUAUCCCUUCAAAGCACCGUCUCCACCAGCUUCACCAAAACUACAACGAUGGUCAAGGGAGAACAGUAGUGAAGACUUAUCGAGUGCACGGAAGUUCAGCAAUGCACGCUCAGUUUUCUGCCCUGCAUCUUCUUCCCUGUUUGAAGCUCAGCCUUGUCCUGUUCCACGACCCCCUCAAGCCUGGAUCUCUGGGAUUUCUGUUCUCUCACGAACUUGGGAGAGUCGUGGAAGGUUUCCUGCAUCUGUUCAAGGACCUCAAACAUUCAUCAGACGGAGCCAUUCAGACCGUAGGCCAAGUCUGAGUCUGCCACCAAGAUCACCAAAGAUCUCAGUGGCUGAGACGUGUGGGAGUGAGCCAACAAUUUAUACACCAGGGCUGGAUGAUGAACCAACCAGAGAGGAUGACCUGUGGGGAAGCCAAUCAGACCUCCGAGCUACACCACGCUCUGCUUCACACCCGGACUUGUGUGUUGUUGGACAGGCCUUGCUCAGAGACUAACGGGGCCAAAGAAGGGCCAGUGGGAUUAUGGAUUACCAAGGAUUUAAGAUGAUGGUAUUUGUUCCACUGAGAGAAGAGGGAGAGCUAAUUCUAUCCACUUCACUGCUGUAACACAGCUUCACAUGUUUACAAUAAAGUGAAGAAAACUUAA